UUGUAAUGUAGGCCGAGCAGAGAGUUGAAUGCCAAGAUGUCAGUCAAUAUCAACAAAGUAACAUUCUGAGUGAAAUUAAUUAAAAUAUCGUUUGCGUAACGAUAAUCAUUUUAUAAUUUAUUGUUAUUAAGUGUGAAAUAUCUGGAGAAAUAUGAGUAAAAGUACAAAACAAUAUGGCUUAAUAAUGCCUAAGAAGGCUGCCCUUUCAGCUCCAAAAGCCAGUAACAUAUUUGGUGAUGACAAUGAUUCCGACACAGACGAUGGAGCUGACUGGGUAAAAAAGGCCCUCAAGGCUGAGGGUGAAAAAAACAGAAUCAAAAAGCAAACUCGUCUCAAUAUGGAGAAAGCUUUGAACGAGGAUCCCACAAUUUAUCAGUACGACGAGGUGUACGAUCAGAUAGAAAAGGUCAAGGAGCAGAGCAAACCAGUCAAGAUGGAGCAGAAGCAGCCGAAGUACAUUCACAACCUGUUGAAGGCUGCUGAGAGGAGGAAGAUCGAGCAGGAGCACCGGAUGGAGAGGAUGGUGCAGAAGGAACGAGAAGCUGAGGGGCAGAAAUUUGCUGAUAAAGAGAGCUUCGUGACAUCAGCUUACAGAGAAAAACUGGAGCAGUUCAAGAAGAUUGAGCAGGAGGAGGAACGAAUGGACAGGCUCGAGGCCAUUGCUGACGUAACAAAACAGCCCGACAUGUCCGGCUUUCACCGGCAUUUGUUUGCUCAGACUUUUGAUACAAAACCAAGUGAAACACCGGAGGAAGAGCGGUCAAAGGAACCUAGGGAACCUAGUCCCAAUAUCGAUAGGGACGAAAAUCUAUCGGUUGAUUCAUCGUCAGAGCAAUCAGAGACUGAGGGCGAAGAGGAUGAUCGGAGAACAGAGAAAUCUAAAAUGAAUUUUAAGGGAAAAAAUAAGAGACAGUACAGAAAAAGAGUCGUCGAGGAAUCUGAGCCAGAGUCCGAGGAAGAAUCUGCUGAAAAAUCUGAGGAAGAUGACGAGAAACAAGCUGAUGAGGAUGAUUCUGGUAAACGUAAAGAGCAUGAAAAGCACGAAUCGCCCAUCAAGAGACCUCGACUAUUAAGCAAAGAAGCAGAUAAUGAGCAGAAUGAUUCUACUGAAAAUACGAAUAAUUCCGACGAAAAGACAUUAAUUCCUCCGGAGCCAGAGAAAGUGGAGAAAGAGAAGAGGUCGAAGAAAUCUGUAUCGAAGGAAGAGAAACCAGAGGAACCGAAACCUUCUAUAUGGGAGAAGCGUACAGUAGGAGCAGUCUUUGAGGCAGCUCUACAGAGGUACUUUGCUCGGAAGGCUUUGAGAUUAUCGGGCACGUAGGAAUAAUAUUCUUGAAGAAUGGAGUGAACAGCUUCCUGACGAAUUUUCAUUUUUCUGUUCAUUAGAAAAUAAAAAACCAUGAUGUUGCAAAUCGUUCGUAGACCAUGA